UAUUGGUGGCUAGUGUUCGCGACCAGAUUUUGCUCUAAAAUUGUUUGCCGUUGUUAGGUCACAAAAUGAAGUGAUGAAAUCUGUUAUUAUAGUAUUAUAAUCCGUAUAGUUUUAUCUCUAAUUAUUAUCUGUCAUUAGAGAUGGUUGAUGCCUUGGGUUCUAUCACAUUUUGGGGUUUCAGCUCUGCUUUGGAUCUCCAGGACAAGGAUGUAUUAACAAGAAUUAGAGAUGUAAGCCUGGAUGAUGCAGCUGAUGAUGUCAUUCAAAUUCUGCUUAUUGGGAGUGGUGACAUGAGACAUCUCCUGACAACAAUAGCUAGAGCAUGGAGGCACAGAAAGAGAAAACUGAAGUUCUACAUCACUGAAGGUAACCUGGAGCUCUACGUCCGUCAGCUCCUUCUGCUGCAUCUCCUCCUAGAGCCUCCCAGGGAGAUGGGACUUCAGGAGAAGACUGAGUUCUUCCUGGAGAUCUUUGGUAACACUCUCAUCAGGCAACAAGUCUCUGAUUACAUUGUGUCAAGGAGCAAUGAACUCCUAAGGAUGGUAACAGAUGUAGACUAUCUAUCUCAAAGAAUGCCAGCCGUUCAUCUCUCAGCACUCAAGUUUAAAGAGAGAGACCAGAUGGAAGCCAUCUUGAAAUUCUUAAGAAAUCCAGAUCCCAGGACUGCCGAUAUUGCAAAGUUUUGGGAUAACAGAUUACGCAAACAUCUUGAAGUGCGCUAUGACUCCCGCAAGGGAGCGUAUGACUGGGACUACAGCAUGAAGCUAGCUGAUAGAGGUAAAGGAGUGAUGAACAACAGAGAGUAUGCCUAUUGGAGACAGACAGGGAUAGCCUUUGGACUUCGUGAGGCAGACUAUAACAUCCAGAAUAGGACAUUGGUUUCAGGUGCUAUCAUCAGGAAGGGUGGUGAGCGUAGAGCCGAGAGAGGAUACUGGGGUGAUAUCGUAUGUAGUCCCUAUCUCAGCUAUGGGAUUGAAUCUGAGGAGGAAAGCUUCUUCAAGAAAUCUAAUGGUAUAUACACUAAGACUAGUCAGGAGGUAUCUGUGUACAACAUCCUUUCACUCCUACAUGAAUUCACACACAGAGAGAAGUAUGUGAUGCCAGACCCUAAACCUGCCGAGGAGAAGAAGAAAGAAGAAAGUAAACUGGUAGAAAUCACUGAAGAGGAGGAGGAGGAGGAGGGGGAAGAGGGUGCGAAGGAGGAGAAAGUUGAAGAAGAGAAAGCUGAAGCAGAAGCUGAAUCUGCUGACCUGAUGCCCAUGGAGAAUGUUGAAAUCCACUAUCUACCUAUCGGUUCAGCACCAGAUCUUCAGAAGAAGAGCAAGUACAAGAAAGCUUUUGAUGUCGUCUACUUCUCAAACAGCAUGGUUCAUCACCUAACCCCUGAGAUGUCAGCAGUGUUUUCAGACCAAGCCACAGUCAUCUGUGAGACGGCUAGAUACAUGCUAGAGCUUAACAAAGACCAAUGUCAGGAGUUUGUUAAUAAGGUCGCAGCUAUGGCCAAGAAUGCUGGUUGUCAGGCAACAAGUCCAGUUGACGGUUUCAAGUGCUCAACAAUGAGAUUCACAUUCCAGAGGAAGGGAGAGUCAUGACACACACCGCUCUAGACUUCAGGUUCAAGUCCCUCUACCAGCCCCAUCAUCCGUCCAGCCAGCCCUUCAUUCCAUAAGUCAUCCGUCCCUCUGGUCAUCCGUCCAUCCGGUCAUCUGUCCCGCAAAAAGUGCAGAGCUUUUCAUUCACUGUAACAUAUUCAAUCAAGGUCUGAAUUAUGUAGUCCUUAAUUUAAUAGGCAUUGGAUAUUUCCAAGCCUAUUUUGGCUUGGGUCAAGUCGUGAUUUGUUGUUUUAGUGUUACAAUAUUGAGAGCCAAAGGUUAUUGUACUCUAUGCAAAACGAUAUGACAUAACAGUCUUGGCACUCAUCAGACAUUAUGGUUUAUCAAAAUAAAAUAUGUUGGCAAGUAUUGUGAUAAAUCUAGACAAUUUAAAUUGAUCUGCCUUGGACUAUUUUAAUUAGAUGUUCUCUGGCCGGAAGCCAACCAUCAUUUCCUUCCAUGAACUCACAAGAGCCUUGCUACAUGUAACUCUGACUUUUUUAAAACUUUUUUUUAAAUUUUGUCUUUCAAUGUAUUGUAUUUCAAAGAUGAACUUAAAAAUAGAUUAGAUAUAGAUAUUGCACUACUAGCUUCAUUAUUUACUUUUGGAAAUGUUUGCUGAAAACUAUCAGUCUGAAAUGUGAUGAAAGCAAUUUUGAUUAUAUAGGAGGUGAUGAUGGUAUGUAACAUUUUCAAAAUAAGAACUGUAUGAGUACUGUAAUUAUAAUAUCUAAUCACCACCGGGUUAUUUGUACCUUCUUGUGAAUAGAAUGGACUUAAUUGUGAACUGAAUUUUCAUUAUUGGUGACAUGAAGAAGACCCAUUUUUCUUCAGGGCUGCGUCCCUCUUGAAAAUUUCAGUCACAUAUCGUCAGGGACCAUACUUUACAACCAACUCCUCUUCUGGCAUUGUAUUUAAUCAUUCUCCUCCCCCUCCACCUUUUUUCAUAUGUGAAAUAACAUAGGGCAAGUCCAAGGACUGUUUCUUUGGUUAUAUGAUUUCCCAUAUCAUACCAAGUUCUGAACAUAUAUUGACAUCAAUGUGUCAUUUCUUGUCAUAUUUAGUCUUAUACAUUGAUCUGGGACCUGUUUCACAAAGCCUUUUUUCAAUGAAAUAUGACAAAAAUCAGUGACAAAUCUUCUGAUAACCAAUCAGAAGCAAGGAAUUCACUAGCUUAUAACCAAACUGUCAUUUGUCGUCGAUGACAAGUUUUGUGAAAUGGGGCCCAGAUAUACUAAAAUCUUAGAUGUCCGUAACUUAUGAGACAAAAUAACUUGGACUUACUGUCGAACAAAUUUAUAAACAAGUAAGACAACAUGGAUACAUAGACUCAGUUUCUAUCUUUUGAAUGUUACUUCAUUCAAUAAGAUUAUAGAAAUAAUUCUUUAUUAUUAUCAGUAAAAAUGUAUACAAUACUUGCUGCUACGAUCGUCAUGCAUAUAUAUCUGUUAUAACAGUCUGUACACUUGGCAUGCAUAAUCACUCUCUGGCUCACUGCCAGAGACAAUGUUUAUGUUCAACAAUUAAGUUUAAUUAAAGCCCUUCUUCAGCUGACCGCGUGAUAGUACUUUUAUCGUCAAAAGGGAGAAUUGACCACACAUGUGUUUUAUCGGUAAGCAUCUUAGGACCUCAAGGAAUGUAUUUCAUCUUGUAGUCAAAUUGAUAUUUUGUCAGCUUCCUGAUAGAAGUCUAACUGUUAACAAUAAGUAGUUAUUAUGACCUUCUGCAGGUAGCCAUUAAUUUGUUCUUACUGAUAUAUUUUAGAAGGUAGUUCUUUAAACUGUUAUUCAAUUUUGCUUGUUUUAGAUAACCACCUUUUCAAUCUUUUUUGAGCUGUGACACGGACCAUACACGAUUGACAUGACUAUUGUUUACAAAACCUGUAAAUUUGUUGGAAAGUUUGUUUGAUAUCACUGUAAACUGAUUGCUGACUGAAAUUGUUCUUAUUAUAUAAAUUUUGAAUAUUCAAUG